AUGUCUCUGUGGGUUGAUAAGUACCGUCCAAAAUCUUUGAACACUUUGUCGCACAGCGAAAGGCUGACAGACUUGCUUCAAUCGCUCUCUAAAGAACCAUCAGAUCUGCCACAUUUGCUGUUAUAUGGACCCAAUGGUGCCGGUAAAAAGACUAGAUGCAUGUCGUUGCUGCAAUCGAUAUUUGGAAAAGGUGUAUUCAAGCUGAAAAUUGACGUCAGACAAUUUUCGACGCCAUCAAACCGGAAAUUAGAACUGAACGUGGUGUCAAGUGGGUACCAUCUGGAAAUUACGCCUAGUGACAUGGGUAACAACGACAGAAUUGUCAUCCAGGAGUUGCUGAAGGAAGUGGCACAGAUGGAGCAAGUCGAUUUCCAAUCAUCUGCCAAUGGAGGCGGGCUUGCGCACAGAUACAAAUGUGUUAUAAUAAAUGAGGCAGAGGCACUAACCAGAGACGCACAGGCCGCUCUGAGACGAACAAUGGAAAAAUAUUCGCGUAAUAUUCGAUUAAUUCUUCUGUGCGAUUCCAUGUCGCCAAUAAUCGCCCCAAUUAAAUCUCGGUGUUUGCUUGUACGUGUACCAGCUCCAACUGAUGCGGAAACUGUCAAAAUUUUGAGACAUGUAUGCAAUAGUGAAGGGGUCUCGGUUGAAGACAACCAGGCGCUGGAGAUCAUAAGUCGCGAUGCUAACGGGAACUUGAGAAAAGCGCUUUUAUCUCUUGAGGCCAUGGCUCUCAAUAACGAAAUGGUUUUGAAACGCACCACACCACUAAUUCGCCCGGAUUGGAUUGUUGUUAUAAUCAAAUUAGCGAACAAGAUCCUGAAAGAUAAAAGCGUGAGCUCACUAGCCGAAUGUCGCGCUACGCUAUACGAUCUUUUGGCACAUUGCAUACCGGCAGAAAGGGUGCUGCACGAGCUUGCAUUCGCGCUUUUUAACGCUGUUCGGGAUACUACAUUGAAAGCUGCAAUCAUAAAAUGGGCCAGUGUAUUUGACGAGCGACUACGGUUAGGUAACAAAGCAAUUUACCAUCUGGAAGGGUUCAUCGCAAGAGUCAUGUGCGAAGAAGGUGCAUGA